AUGCCAUCUGAGGUGUGUGGUUAUUUCCUGACAAUGCAAAGCCUGUUGUGAGUUAAAGCUUUACAUACUGUCUUCUAUGAUAUGCUGACAAUCUCUCUCUCGCUCUCUCUCUCUCUCUCUCUGUCCCUGCAGCUCCUUGCCACCCGGUUCCCCUUCGAUGACAGUUCCUUUGGGCUGUGUCUGUGUAAGCUGGUGCCAUUCCUGCAGAAGGCCUCUGUGGGCAUCACUGUCCUCAACCUCUGUGCCCUAAGCGUCGACAGGUCAGUUCCAUGUACCACUGCUGAAUUCCAAAUCAACCAAUGGUAGCAGAUCUGAAAGGAUCAAAGCAAAAAGCAUAAAGAAAUAUGAAUAUAAGCAUAUUAAUGUUUAUAGAAGAAACAAGCAAUAUAAGCAAUAAGCAAUAAGGUGUUUCCUUCAGUCUGCUUCAUGAUAGCCUAUUGCCUACACCUAUCCAAUUAUUUCAGAUCUACAAGAGUGUCUAUGGAGUAAGGGGUAAGGGUUCUGAAGCAUUAUACACAUUAUUCGUUUACUAUCAUAUGCAUUGUCUGAUAGGCAUACAGUUACCAAGGUUACUAUUUGAGCUGUAGCUGAAGCUGACCUAGUACUCAGACACUAUAAGUGAGUCUUUAUGCAUUUUAUUCCAUAGAGACAUAUUCUGCUCCCUGGAAUAGGGUUCUUUGAUCUUGUAAAAACAUGUGUUUUAAUUGGUUCCUGACUCAUGGAAUGUUUGCACAGUUGAAUUCGGUUCUGUUCUGGCCCUUCAGUUCUGUGAAUCUUUAUAUGUAGGUUAGAUACUUUUGCUAUGUUUUUUACGGUAAACUCCAAAUGAAAAUCAGUCUAAUAAUACUUUUUUUCUGUGAAAUGUAGUCAUCUUUACAAUAUGUAUGUAUCAAAGAAAAAUACUCCUAUCUAAACUUUUCAAUCUAUUCAAAAAAGUCACCCUCAGACCGUCAACCUUUGCCAUUAACUCACCAACACCAUGAUAAAUCACAAAUCACAUUACCAUUGUUUGAAUUCAAACCAAAUGUGUUUGUUGAACAGUCAAGUCUUUAUGAGAUAGAAUGGGCUAUGUAUGGGAGUGGCUGAGACAAAUUGGCCAGCAAAGAUGAAUGACUUCCCUAAUUUGAUUUAAAGGAAACCACAGGUUGGGAGUUCGUUUUUUAAAUCCUUAGUGGAGGUAGCACGGUAAAGGCAGUUUGUUCCGGAUGUUUGUAAGGUCAGUAAUAAUUGAGCUCUCCCAUUACCAACAUAGUUACUCUGUUAAGGACUAGGCCACCUGGGGCCAUAUCCACAAAGCCUCUCAGAGUAGGAGUGCUGAUCUAGGAUAUGUCCAUACAAUCUUAUUCAUCAUGAUCCAUAAGACAAAUCGGAUGCUAGAUCAGCACUCCUACUCAGACGCUUUGUGGUCUUAGCUGUUUCUCUCCCUGAGGAAGGAAGCUUUGCCAUCAAGGAGUAGAAGUAGUUUUAUUCUCAAAUCUAAUAUUUUUUAUUCUUACAUGUUUCAUUCUGAUUGUUUUGUGUCUGUUGCUACACCACUAGACUUGUAUUCCUGUCUCACUCCCUUCAGUUCUUGUAACACUUAAAAUCGUCAGUCUAGUUUAUCAGCAAAGUGAAAGUGAGUGGCUGACGUCCGGCUUCAUUGGUCUGUGUGAGCCAGCAGGCAUAAGAGCAGAAGGAGGUCUGUUCUGGGUGUAAAGGGAUGGGCUCCAGAGUUUGCCAUACCAGCUAUGCUGAAUGACUCCCAUCAUACAGAGAGAGAGAGAGAGACGAUAGUGAUAGAGUUGCGUUCAAUAGCAGAUGGUCUCCAUUUGUUCUCCGAAAAUGUGCAGCAUAUCUCGUCUGGUUUGCAAUCGUUGUGUCUUGUCCUCUCUGUUUGAGAGAGAGAGAGAGAGAGAGAGAGAGAGAGAGAGAGAGAGAGAGAGAGAGAGAGAGAGAGAGAGAGAGAGAGAGAGAGAGAGAGAGAGAAAAAAGGUGGAUACAUUACAAGCUUGGUAAAAUAUAAAUGGCACUAUGUUGUUUGACAAGGGUAUUCAAAUGCGUCAUGAAAAAUAUAUUGUUCAGGCCAUAAAAUCUUGAUGCACCGUUUUACUAAAACAUUUAGACAAGCGGUUCCUAUUAAUGAAACAAACAAGCAAACCCGAUUUGGAGCACAGUAAACAAGCAGACCAUAGCUCCUGCCAACACUUGUUUGGAGGCUUCACAAAAUAAUUAAUAUUAAAUUCUGAGGAUAAACAAUUGAUUAUGUCUGUUGUUCAUUAAAUCUUAACUUCGAUCAUUUUUCUCACGAUGCAGUACAGUGUGUGUCUGGUCUACUGCCAUGCCGCCAGUUAAUAGAACACAUGCUACAAUGUACAACUGAGUUUACCAAAAAUUAAUGUUACUGUAAUAAGAUUAACAAGGAGUCCAGUAGUUUUCUCAUCAUAUCUCUAUGGUUCCCACAAUCAUGUUCCCAUGCAGGGUUAAACGUUUGAAGUCUAUUAUUCAAGUACUGGAAGUGUCUCUAAAAUAGGUUCACUUUUCACUGUCAGUUUUAAAUUCAACUUCCACUGGAUGUGGAUACCUCCUAGCGGGCAAAUCUGGUGGAAAUGAAUUCAUUACAACCAUUAAAAGCUGGUUGAAAUGACUUCAUUACAACUAGUUUAGCCGCUGGGCUGUUUACUAGUCCCAACUCAUCAGUUGUUGCUGUAAAGCCCACAGCCCUGGCUCUGCUCUAACCCCUUCCCUACCCCACCAUGUUCACCCUUUCCUUCUUUGUGUCCCUAUGCCCCAGGUACCGUGCAGUGGCAUCGUGGAGCAGGGUCCAGGGAGUAGGCAUUCCUCUACGGACGGCCAUGGAGAUCGUGUCCAUCUGGGUGCUGUCCCUGGUCCUGGCCGUCCCAGAGGCCAUCGGCUUCGACAUGGUUAAAUUCGACUACAGGAACGAGACCAUACGGACAUGCAUGCUCAAACCCAAGUCUGACUUCAUGAUGGUACCACCCAUUUUCUUGUUGACACUUCUGCACUUUGAAUAAUCCUAUUAUCUUUAUAGAAACAAAUUUGGCCCACAAAGCAUCUCAGAGUAGGAGUACUGAUUUAGGAUCCCCCCUCUUAUUCAUUAUGAUUUAAAAGACAAAACUGAUUCAAAUAGGGUUACAGUACAGCACAUGUGUGUUAAGUUAGUAUAACUGACAGUCCAGGAUUGCAUGUAGUGGCGUAUCCUUGCACUGACCUAUCAGAAACAAUUCCAUCUGUCCAAAUACUUGGCAUCAAAAGUAAUUGUGAUAAAUACAGCGGUGAAUUUAUCAUACUGACAUUCAUUUCUCUGACAUUCUUGGCGGAACCACCCAAAGACCUAGAAAUAUGGUGAAAGGAAGCGUUCAGAGGCCAGACCUGGGUUCAAAUAUGAUUUGAAAUCAUUUUGAAUACUUUAGCUCUGCUUGAUUGAGCUGGUCUGGCUUAAUGGACCAAUAGAAUGAUCCCAAAACUGCAAACCUCGCCCAUCUGGCACUCCAGAUAGGCUAGAGCAAACACAAAAUAUUUCAAAUAUUUCAAAUAGUAUUUGAACCCAGGUCUGACAGAGGUCUCCAUACGUUUUUCUCUCGGAGAGAAAAUCUCUGAGGAGAUCACUUUCUUUGUUCACAAGCCUGGCGAAAAUAAUUGAUUGCAGACCGCAACAGCAAUUACAGCUCAACUGAUGUAUGGUUCCUUAUAGCUGAGCCAUGUGUGUCUAGUCCACAUCAUGCAACACAAAAGAUACUAAAUCCCAUAUCAUGGCCAAACCAUGCUGAGGUUUAGGUCAUUUAAUUUAAAUCCAGAUUCAACAGAACACGUAUGACCUAUAGUAUCUCAUCCUACUAGAGUGAGGAAUUGAGUAAUGUCGUAUAGAGGUUAUAGAGGAACAUUUGGCCAAAAAAUUCCUCAAAUGGCAUCUGCUCCUCCUUAAAACUUGUACGAUAAUAUCCCCACUCCUAUAUGUGGAUUUAGUCGAUUCGAAUAUGUCACUGCCAUCACAUAGACAUAUUGAGAAUCUCAACUUACUUUUAUACCAAACCUAGCAGGUGAAACUGCUUCAAAUUACAUUACAACCAGAAACCACAUGAAUACAACAGUUUCUCCCACGUUUGCCUUCUGGACAGUCUUCUGGAGAAUUGGCAUGUUAAGUUUUGUGGUUCUCCUGCAUAGAACCUGUGUACUAACAUGUUCUCCUGUUGUGGUUCUCCUGCAGUACUAUAAGGACAUCAAGGACUGGUGGUUGUUUGGGUUCUACUUCUGCGUUCCUCUGAUGUGUACGGCCGUGUUCUACACUCUGAUGACCUGUGAGAUGCUCAACCACAGGAACGGCAGCCUCCGCAUCGCCCUCAGUGAACACCUCAAACAGGUACACACACACACUGUACUGUUAUGUACUGUACAGUACUCAGCCAGUCUUCCUUGUGUUUAGUGUCUCUUUAGGAGAAGCCCGUUCCCUCUCUCAGGCCUCUCAAGCUGAUGUCGCAUAACCCACCCUGACUGCCUUCUACAUUCAUAGUACUACUACUUAGUAUCAGAUCUCUCUUCUUCUCUUCAGUUGUUCUGCACUGUAACCAGAUCCGCCUCUAGCGUUUUGGAGGCCCUAAGCCAGAGUUGGUUGGGCUGCGGAUAGGCAAAGGCACCUCUAUUGUAACAGUACACUACUGCAGAACGACUCAUGUUUAGUGUCUCUUUAAAAGUUUGUCCUUUUCCUCUCCCCCUAACAACCUAGUCUCCCUGACAACCUAGCGUCUCCCUAACAACCUAACAUUUUAUCUGUUGUUUACAUCCCCAGAGACGUUACUAUACAGUCCUCAGACUAACUCAUAGCGUUUCUUUAUGCAUUUCUCUCCUCUCAGUAUCUUGUCUUCGUCACCCUUCUUCGUCAUCGUCCAACCUUUUCCUAAUCUGUUGUUUAUUGUUUUCCCCAGAGACGGGAAGUGGCCAAAGCGGUGUUCUGCCUGGUCCUGAUCUUCGCUCUGUGCUGGUUCCCCCUGCACCUCAGCAGGAUCCUCAAGAAGAUGGUCUACAACCAGAGAGACAUCGGACGCUGUGAACUGCUCAAGUGAGUGUAGCCAUGUUUAUUUGCUGUUGUCAUCUUAUUAUUAGAAAUGACUGAUUCAGUACGGUGUGUUGGGAAAUGCGAAGGUGGAAAGAUGUGGGGAAACACUUGACUGGAUCUAGAACCACAACAGACUAAACACAGACGGACACUAUUUUAUUUGCUGCAAUUUAACGAUUGCAAGGAGAUUAAACUCAAAUGGAAGUUCUGCCAAACAACAUGGGUGUUGUUGUUUCUUUCAGUUUCCUGUUGGUCUUGGAUUACCUGAGCAUCAACCUCGCCACAGUCAACUCCUGUAUAAACCCCAUCAUCCUCUACUUCGUCAGUAAGAAGUUCAAAAACUGCUUCAAGGUACAGUAGAUCCCUAAACAUACCCACACACCCAACUCGCUUUUUCUCUCUCGCUGUAUAUCUAUCCUUUUCACUCUCUCUCUCUUUCUUUCUCUCUCUCUUUCCCCCCAUAUUAUCAGUAUCACCACUAACCCCCCGGCCCUCCCCAAACCCUUUGUUCUAGUCUUGCCAGUAAAACAAACAGAGAACCUCUCCCUCUCCCCAAGACCGAGGGGCUGUGGCUGUGUGCUGGUGAUGACAUUAUUUAAAGAAAAUGUCAAGCAAAGCAGUGAUUUAUGAACUAAUUUACUGGGUGAGGUCACAUAACUGUACAUAUCUGUUAGAGAGACCUGAGCUGAAGAUAAACCCUGCCCCAGCUCUAGCUGUCCUCAGAGAGAGAGAGAGAGAGAGAGAGAGAGAGAGAGAGAGAGAGAGAGAGAGAGAGAGAGAGAGAGGAGAAGAGAGAGAGAGAGAGAGAGAGAGAAGAGAGAAGAGAGAGAGAGAGAGAAGAGAGAGAGAGAGAGAGAGAGAGAGAGAGAGAGAGAGAGACUAACUCAUAACAGCAAUUCCCAGACCCUGAACGUGCCUCUUCCUCUCUCUGCAGAAGUGGGGCUAAGAGUUUGGGUAGGAUAAAAAGUGUUCUACUUCUCACGCUGUGAGCAGAUGUAGUUUUAUGUAGUAUAUUGUUCAAAGAAGCAUUAAGAGACCCUAAUUACACAAGCCCAUACACAAGCCCACAUUACUGUAAGCUGUAGAAAAGUGCCUACUUGGACCUCGUCAAUCCCUCAUUACUGUAAGCUGUAGAAAAGUGCCUACUUGGACCUCGUCUAUUGUAAUAACAAUAGUAUAAAGGCUAUCAACACAGCAUGACCACAGCAGUAUAAAUAGUGUCUCUAAUCUUGUCCCCUUGUCUCCUUCCAGUCCUGCCUGUGUUGUUGGUGCCACUCGGAUGCCACAGUGACCAGCACGGGACAAAACGGGAACGGGACCAGUAUCCAGUGCAAGAGCCCCGAGCCCGCCAACCUCCACACGGACCGCAGCCUCCGCAAGGACAGCGACUGACCACCACCGGAGGUGACGCCCCCUAUGGACGAGGAGGUCUCACUACAACUACAGCCAGUCUGCACUAAACCCAAUGGACUCUCAACUCUAUAGGACCCCAUGCUAAACCGUUACAGCGUGACAAAUAGAGAGAGAGUCACACGUUUCAAACACCACCACACGUUUCUUAUACAGAACACUGCUGGGCACCUCUGGAGCUGGAGUUUAUAUAUAGACACAAACAUACAAUGGGCAUGAUGUACACUGCAGUAUUUCCAGUGUCUCUCUGGACUAUACACAGUGAGACUUCCCAUUCCCUUUCCCAGGGGGAAACGAGGAGGGAGCGAUGCUUUACAGUACCGUGAGAGAGGAGGAAGAGGGAUGGGG